UGUGUAGUAUGAGAAAAGAGUUUAAAAGUCUGAUAUUUACACUGUAGAACAAGUGUGUUGUAAUCAAUCAGAUUGGUUUCUUCACGUUGAAGUAGAGACAGAAAGUAGAGGAAAGAGACAGCCAUGAAACGAUCAAAAAUGUUUUUGCAAAGACAGAAGAUUUAUCUGACAAAAAAGACUGCACCCCUUUCUUUUGUUUCUAUUUAGAUCCCCCACCCUUCAUCUUUUUUCUUUCUGCAACACAUGUUUUUGUUUUAGCCGUGUCUGGUUUGGAGAAUGGUCUUAAACUACCCUAAGCAACAACAAGUCUUGCAUGGCGAACCAUCACCUUCCUUACGCACUUCAUGGAAAUGGAAUGAAUGUUUCCACAAGUUUCAUCAACCAAGAAGGGCCUGCCUUUGAUUUCCGAGAGCUAGAAGAAGCCAUUGUUAUGCAAGGAAUGAAAUCAAGAGUUGAAGAAGAAGAAGCAGCAGCUAAAGCAACUUUAUUAACAGCAGGCAGAACUGCAGCAGGAGCUACUUUGGAGAUGUUCCCUUCUUGGCCUAUCAGAUUUCACCAAACCCCUAUAGGGAGUUCAAAAUCAGGAGGGGAGAGUACAGAUUCUUCAUCUUCUUCAUAUCAUCAAGCUUUUGAACAACACCAUCUUCAUCAACAAAUACAACAAGAAAUGGCAAGUGAUCCUUCAACAACGCUGAAUCAGUCAUCAGCUGCCAUUGCAAAACCUCACCAAGACAAGAAAAAGGCUUCAACUACUGUGAAACAGCUUGAUGCCAAGACACUGAGGCGUUUAGCUCAAAACAGAGAAGCUGCAAGGAAAAGCCGUCUUAGAAAAAAGGCUUAUGUUCAACAACUAGAAUCAAGUAGAAUAAAGCUAACUCAACUUGAACAAGAACUUCAGAGAGCAGGAUCUCAGGGACUUGUGUUGGGAAGUAGUGGUGGCCCUGUUGGAAAUAUGAGCUCUGGGGUAGCUAUAUGUGACAUGGAAUACGCAAGAUGGUUAGAAGAUGACGAGAGACAUAUGUCGGACCUUAGAACCGGUUUACAUUCCAACCUCUCCGAUUCCGACCUUCGAUUAAUCAUCGAUGCCUACAUUUCCCAUUACGAUGAAAUUUUCCGGUUGAAAGGAAUGGCUGCCAAAUUCGAUGUUUUUCACCUUUUAACCGGAAUGUGGGCCACUCCGGCGGAGCGAUGCUUCCUUUGGAUGGGUGGUUUUAGGCCAUCUGAGCUCAUCAAGAUGUUAAUAUCACAAUUGGACCCGCUAACGGAACAGCAACUGAUGGGGAUUUACAGCCUCCAGCACUCGUCACAGCAGGCGGAAGAGGCACUCACUCAAGGCCUGGAACAGCUCCAGCAGUCUCUAAUCGACACGGUUGCCGGCGGUCUGGUCGUCGAUGGAAUGCAACAAAUGGCUGCUGCCUUAAGCAAGCUGGCCAAUCUUGAAGGCUUCGUUCGUCAGGCUGACAAUUUAAGGCAACAAACCCUACAUCAACUGCCCCGGAUACUAACCGUUAGACAGGCCGCACGGUGUUUUCUGAUGAUCGGAGAAUACUACGGACGGUUACGAGCACUUAGUUCUCUUUGGGCGUCCCGUCCUCGAGGGAGGUUGAUGGGUGAGGAACAGUCAUGGCAAACAACAACAGAGUCGCAAAUGGUGCAACCAUCACGGAGCCAUUACUCACACUUUUGAUGAUUUAACAAAAGAGAAAAGGAAAGAAAAAACAACUAAUAGCCAGUGAGCCAGCACCGAGAUCAGCUAUAUGUCAAAGUUAAUUCUGUAUUUAAUUUCAAAAUUAUAUAUGCAGCCAUGCAAAUUGGACUGUAUAAAUGUUAUAUAUAUUUCAUCAAAGCUGCCUUUUGAGUUUAGAG